CCAUGUCCGUGCAUGGUGCAUGUGCAUGUGUGCGCCACCCAGACGAUAGUGAGCGCCAGCAGUAGUCGCCCGGUGUUCAACGACGAAGACAUCCAAUCUCCCCCGAAUCCGCAGAGAGAUCGGCUGAGAGCCGAGAAACGAGUGAAAAAUGAAUUUCACACCCUUCGGGAACAAUUUCCCCGGCAAUAUCCCUGGGCUGCCCCAAUUCACAACCAGCACGGCGCCCCUCGUCUCGUCCCUGACCGCCGCGGUGGCCGAUGUGACGGUGACGGCCACCAAUAACCCGCAGCAGCAGCAGCAGCAGCAGCAGGAUGCAGGCGGCGGGAGCACACGCUACCAGCAGCAACAGGCCGCCACCACAGUGGGCAUGACGCACUUCAGCCAGCCGAGCAUGGCGGCGGGGCAGAGCGGGGGCGGCAGCAGCAGCAAGUUCCGCAGCGGUCAGGAGGAGGGCAUGCAGGGCGACAAGUACAACGGCCACCUGGUGUCCACCGCGCAGCAGCAGCAGCAGCCGCAGUAUGCCACAGUCGCAUAUGCCAGUGCGACGGCAACGAGCGGCGCCUCCGACGCCCUCCAGGCGGGAACCUCCGGCCAGGCACAGCAGCAGCAACAACAGCAACAGAUGCAGCAGCAACAGGUGGCCGCGCCGCAGGAACUCACCCAGGAUCUGUGCAACGCCAUCCUGCAGCAGCAAGUGCUCCAGAACACCUCCUGGCAGACGCUCACGCCGGGCACCACCGUCGCCGACUACCUCUCUCAUCUUCCGGCCAACACGCUGCCCCUGUCGCUGCACCAUUUCCUCAAGUACUCGGCGGAGACGAUAAAGAAGGAGAACCAGCAGAACGUGGUGCUGCAGGUUCAAACGGGACCAGCCAUAGGGAUCAACACCAUUGGCACCACAACCAUCAGCAUACCUCAGCAGGACCAGUUGACGCUGCAGCAGCAGCAGACGACGUUGCAGGUUCAGGCACAGGCACAGGCGCAGACACAGGCGGCCGUGGCAUCCACGUCUGCGGCGACAGGCGUCUCCACAAGCACCACAAAGAAGAAGAAGCGCAAAAAGCGAAGCAAGGACCGCAAGCCGAAGCUGCGUCCGGGCGAGAUCCGACUUGGAACGGCCUUGGACGGCAGUCCGCUGUACAUGUGCCCCGAGUGUCAUGUGGCCUAUCCGGAGCCGGAGCUGCUCGAGGUGCACCUGGUGGGCCACAACCUGGAGAAGCGGUACGUGUGCGACGUGUGCCAGGCGUCGCUGAAGCGCAAGGACCACCUGACACGCCACAAGCAGUCGCACAACCCGGAGCGCCCCUACAUCUGCACCGUCUGUCUCAAGGCCUUCAAGCGCAAAGAGCAACUCAGCCUGCACUUUGUCAUCCACUCGGGCGAGAAACGGCACCAGUGUCAGGAGUGCGGCAAGGGUUUCUACCGCAAGGACCACCUCCGCAAGCACACCCGCUCCCACAUCGCCCGCCGUGUGAAGGCCGAGCUGAACAGCCACGUGCGGCGGGAGAACGGCACCAGCAUGCUCCAGCCGGUGGUGACAGAGGCGACCACCGCGGCGCUACAGCACGCCAAUCAGCUGGCCAGCCAGCAGCAGCAGUUGCAGCAGCAGCAGCAACAGCAGCAACAGCAGCAGCAGCAGCAGCAACACCACAUCGUGAUCACCCAGCAGCAGCAACAGGCGACGCAGGUGCAGCAGGUCCAGGCCCAGGGGCAGCAGCAACAGCAGCAGAUGCUAAAUUAG